AUGGCCUUUGCCAACAGCAGUGGAACGGACGGCAGCGAUACCGACGCACAUGUGGACCGCACGUAUCCUUUCCGCAACUACUGGACCGCAACCGGCGGCCUGGGCGAAGUCAUGCUAGCGCUGCCCAGCAGGCCCGAUGCCGAUGUCUUCCUCAAGCACUACAUGGACAACGUCGACCCCUUAUAUCCAGUCAUACCGCGUCAUCUCUUCCGGCUACGCUACGAGAACUUCUGGCAGUUAUCGUCGGAGGAGAGGAACAACUGCGACCCCGUCCACGUGGCUCUGCAGUUUAUCGUUUUCGCCAACGGCAAACUAUACGUAGAUGACCGGACCAUGGCCGACUCGUCCUGCCCGCCCGAGACGUAUCUGUCGUGCUCCUACAGAGCUUUGUGUCUGUCGUCAUUUCUCAGCAAAUGGUCUCUAGAAGUCAUCCAGGUCCUGCUGCUCAUUUGCAACUACUUCGUCACCAGCAAUCGUACGACCGAUUCCUGGACAUUCUCGGGUGUGCUGCAGAAGCAGGCGUAUGGCUUACGUCUGCAUCUACCGCCCGACGAGCACUUGUCUCUGUUGGAGAAGCAACUCCAUGUGCGCCUAUGGCAGGCGGUAAUGUUCCAGGACGUCUCUCUGUCCUUUCACCUUCGCCUAGUGCCCGCCACCAUGCAACACUCCAUAGAGGUUGGAGACCUGUCUCGCGUCGAUGAAGGCGACAACAAUCCUAGAAGAAGAAUGCAAGACCUCCUCUCAACAUCGACCGCUGUCGACCUGGACUUCCUCACAUGUGAGACCGACAUCAACUACGUACGUGCAAUGUGGCACUAUGCACGUUUCAUGCAGAUCAACGUCUGCCUCCCUUUGGCUAUCGGGGACGUGAUUGCACGGGAUGCCGACCAUCGAUCGAUGUUGCUCAGCGAACUCCAAUCCACGUACGACACCUUGGAACCCCCUUUUAACAAGACCGAUCUCCAGUGCCGCGAGCCCCGCGUCUGGAGACAGAUCAUCAUGGUAACCACCAACUAUUACAUGCUGAUGACCAUGCUGCACAUGGCCAGUAACCCAGCUUCUGCUCUCCAACCGGACACGACCGGGGCGCUUUCCUGCUCCAACCGGGCGAUGAGUGCCUUUUUCGCAUUGGUCGAUGCCAACCCAUACCACGCUCAUAUGUGGACUGCCGCCAACACGCGCGCAUUUUUGCAAGUAAACCUGAUAGGGCGAUUGCUUUGUAAGUUGCCGGGUGAGAAGUGGUGCCGGCCGGCAGAUGAGUCGUGGCUGCAGCUCGCCGUAGCCGACUUUGAUCGAUACGUUGACCUCCUCGUCCACGCUCAUGGAACUGAUGGGUUCGAGGUCAUCAAGGUGGAAAGACUCGCGCUCCUCGAAGCGCAGCGGAAGUCCUUUCAGCUGGCGAGAAGUUCGAGUCCGAAAUGA